CCCUAAGCGAUUUUGGAAAUUGUAUGAGAUUGUGAUAAUAUUUUAUAUCAAAGAUUUUUAUAGCUAUUGUUAAUUAACGUUAUAUUUAAUUAUCAUAUAUAGUUAUUUCAGCUUUAGUUUUUCUACUACAAUGAAUGGUCAAUGAUGAUUCAUUAUUUGUGAAGUCAAACAUAAUCAAGACGAAGCGAAGUUUUAAUAGUUUAUUUGUGUAUUCUUACGUAAAAUAAUCAUGUCUGUGAGUGAAAAAGUAUCCCUUUCUGAUGCAUUAAGCAAUGUGGAUGUUUUGGAUGAAUUAACAUUACCCGAUGAACAACCAUGCAUCGAAGCAGCUCCCUGCUCCAUACUUUACCAAGCUAAUUUUGAUACAAACUUUGAGGAUAGAAAUGGUUUCGUCACCGGCAUUGCAAAAUACAUCGAAGAGGCUACCGUACAUGCCAACUUGAAUGAGUUGCUUGAGGAAGGCAACGACCAUGCUGUGAUGCUUUAUACCUGGAGAUGCUGCAGCCGAGCCAUACCACAGCCGAGAUCCAACGAGCAGCCCGACAGAGUGCACAUAUACGAGCGAACUGUGCAGGUUUUAGCUCCGGAAGUGGACAAGCUGCUGCAGUUUAUGUAUUUUCAGCGUAAAGCGAUCGAGCGCUUCUGUGGCGAGGUGCGUCGGCUCUGUCACGCUGAGAAGCGCCGGGACUUCGUGUCGGAGGCGUACCUGCUCACCUUGGGCAAGUUUGUCAACAUGUUCGCAGUUCUCGACGAGCUGAAGAACAUGAAGAGUUCCGUUAAGAAUGACUAUUCGACGUACAGACGGGCUGCGCAGUUCCUGAAGGUGAUGUCUGAUAGUCAAAGUCUCCAAGAGUCGCAGAAUUUAUCCAUGUUCCUCGCGACGCAGAACAAGAUCAGGGACACCGUGAAGGACGCGCUGGAAAAGAUAAACGGCUACGAGGAUCUCCUGGCUGACGUUGUUAACAUAUGCGUGCACAUGUUCGAAACGAAGAUGUACCUUACACCAUCGGAGAAGCACAUGCUUGUCAAAGUCAUGGGCUUCGGUCUGUUCUUGAUGGACUCGGAUGCGUGCAACAUAAACAGACUGGAUCAAAAGAAAAAGAUACGCCUGGAUCGCAUCGAUAGAAUAUUUAAGAACCUGGAAGUGGUACCGUUGUUCGGUGAUAUGCAGAUAGCGCCGUUCAACUACAUCAAGAGAUCGAAGCACUAUGAUCCCAGCAAAUGGCCGCUCUCGUCGAGUCCGAACCCGCCCUCCCCCCAAGCGGAUCUGAUGGUCCACCUCCCGCAGAUAAGGGAGGAACACCAGAACUAUAUAUCGGAGCUGGCGAGAUACAGUAACGAGGUGACGACAACGUUCAAGGAGGCGGGCUCCGACUCCGAGAACCGCGCCGUGACGGAGCUCUGCCUGCGCGGCUUGCAGCUGCUCUCGUCGUGGUGCUCCGUGCUCACGGAGCUCUGCUCGUGGAAGCUGCUGCACCCCACCGACCACGCCACUAACCCGCGGUGUCCUGCCGAAGCGGAAGAGUACGAGAGGGCGACCCGAUACAACUACACGUCCGAGGAGAAGUUCGCAAUGAUAGAGGUGAUCGCCAUGAUCAAAGGUCUCCAAGUGCUGAUGGCGAGGAUGGAGACGGUCUUCGCUGAUGCAGCGCGGCGGUCCAUAUACGCGGAACUGCAGGACUUCGUGCAACUACUGCUGAGGGAACCCCUCCGAAAGGCCAUCAAGAACAAAAAGGAUUUGAUACGCAGCAUCGUGGUGUCGGUGCGCGAGACGUGCGGCGACUGGGCGCGGGGCUGCGAGCCGCAGCUGGACCCCGCGCUGCGCGGGAAGAAGGACGCCGACGCCAGCUUCGCCAUCAAGGUGCCGCGCCGGAACGUGGGACCAUCGUCGACCCAGCUGUACAUGGUGCGCACCCAGCUGGAGGCGCUCAUCUCCGACAAGUCUGGAGGUCGGAGGACGCUGCGGAAGGAUCUCGACGCGGCUACACUUCAACAGAUCGAGACGUUCCACAGGCAGAGUUUCUAUUGGAUGUAUAUGUUGAAUUUGGCGGAUUCCCUGGCGAAGUGCUGUGAUCUAUCCCAGUUGUGGUACAGAGAGUUCUAUCUCGAGAUGACCAUGGGGAGGAAAGUUAAUAAAUGCACAGUGCGACAUCAGCACAAUGAAGAAUGUAACGACCUUAUCACGAUGGAGAAGAGGAUCCAGUUCCCCAUCGAGAUGUCCAUGCCCUGGAUCCUGACUGAUCAUAUCCUCCGGAGCAAGGAGCCCGCGAUGAUGGAAUACGUCUUAUACCCCUUGGAUCUCUACAACGACUCCGCUCAGUACGCGCUGACGGUCUUCCGCAAGCAGUUCCUGUACGACGAGGUCGAGGCCGAAGUGAACCUGUGCUUCGAUCAAUUCGUCUACAAACUCUCCGAACUCGUCUAUGCUCACUACAAGCAACUGGCGUCGAGCAUGCUGCUGGACAAGCGGUACCGCGCGGAGUGCGCGGCGCGCGGGGCCAGCACGGGCUGCGGCGCGGGCCGGUACGCGUCGCUGCUGCGCCAGCGGCACGUGGCGCUGCUGGGCCGCCACGUCGACCUCUGCGCGCUCGUCGCUCAACGAAUAAACGCGGACAUGCAUCGCGCGCUGGACGCGGCGGUCGCCAAGUUCGAGGCGGGCGACAUCACGGGCGUGGUGGAACUCGAGGGUCUGAUCGCCGUCAACCGGCUCUGCCACAAGCUGCUCAGCCGCUACCUGUCGCUGGACGAGUUCGAGGCCAUCCUGCGCGAGUCGGACCACGGCGUGCUGGCGCCCUACGGACGGAUCACGCUGCACGUUUUCUGGGAGUUGAACUACGACUUCUUGCCCAACUAUUGUUACAACGCUGCGACUGAUCGGUUCGUGAAAUGUCGCGGUAUACAGUUCGCGCCGGUGGUGCAGCGCGAGAAGCUGCAGCAGUUCGGGCACGCCAUGCUGUGGGGCUCCAAGCAGCUCAGCCUGGCGUAUUCGGCUCAAUACGCUCAGUACAACGGCUUCGUGGGCCCGCAGCACCUGCACGCGCUGGUGCGGCUGCUGGGCUACCAGGGCGUGGCGGUGGUGGUGUCGGAGCUGCUGGGCGUGGCGCGCGGGCUGCUGCACGGCACGCUGGCGCAGUUCACGCGGGCGCUGGCCGCCGCCAUGCCGCGCCACUGCAAGCUGCCGCGGUACGACUACGGCUCCAACGGUGUUUUGGGUUAUUAUCACGCGCAACUGACGGACAUCGUCCAAUACCCGGACGCGAGGACGGAGCUCUUCCACGCUUUCAGGGAACUCGGCAACAUCAUACUGUUCUGUAUGCUGAUCGAGCAGGCUCUAUCACAAGAGGAGGUGACGGACCUCCUCCACGCGGCUCCCUUCCAGAACAUCUUGCCGCGACCGUACACGGCGGAGGGCGAGAAACUGGAAACGAAACAGAAGCGUCUCGAGGCGAAGUACUCGGCGUUACAGAUCGUGCAGAAUGUGGAGAAGUACGGCACUGCGAAGCAGAGCCAGCUGUCCCGCGAGGGCGACCUGCUGACGCGCGAGCGGCUGUGCUGCGGCCUGUCGCUGUUCGCGGUCGUGCUGCGCCGCCUGCGCGCGUGUCUGGCCGCGCCGCAGUGGCCCGCGCCCCCCGCGCCGCCGCACCACGCCCCGCUGCACACCGACGACACCGCCGAGUUCCACAGGUUGUGGUCAGCGCUCCAAUUUCUAUACUGUAUCCCCGUGGGCGACACUCAGUUUACAGUCGAGGAACUCUUCGGCGAGGGUCUCCACUGGGCUGGAUGCACGAUUAUUGCGUUGCUGGGUCAGCAGAGACGCUUCGAGGCCCUGGACUUUUGUUACCAUAUUCUGCGCGUGCAACGCGUCGAUGGAAAGGAUGAACUGGUUAAGGGAAUCCCCCUGAAGCGCAUGGUGGACCGCAUCAGACGGUUCCAGGUGCUGAACUCGCAGAUCUUCAGCGUGCUCGGGAGGCACCUCGCCGCGGACGACGAGCGCGCCGGCGUGGAGCACGUGCGCUGCUUCCCCCCACCCGCCGCCACCCACCACAACUGAGAGAAAUUCAACGAGCAUACGAACUGAGCACGUUAACUCCAGUUUUACUCCAGGGAAAAUAUUUUAUACUGAAUACCGAUAUUCCGUUAAUACGACUAUAUAAUGAGUUAUUAUUUUUCUUAGUAGUAAUUAUUGCAGUCCCACGGUCGAACGGACAAAUUUAAUGGUUAAUAUCGAAUAUUUAAUAUCGGAAGCUUAAAUUCAAUCGCAAAAUCUUCCCCAUAACCGAAUAUUGCAUCCAAUUAAAGUGUAUAGUGUUCAAGAGGUGCUUAAAUCGUUUAGAUAGAAAUCAUCAAGUCGAUUCCAACAGCCGGACGAGUGAGGGGUCGUUCAUUUAUUACGUAAGACUGUUUUCGCUAGUUUUUGAUCCCCUCCCCCUUUAUCAUAAGAAAAAAUAAGAAUAGGCUGACCCCCUCCGCCCCUGUUGUCUUUUGUAAUGAUUAUUUUUCAAAUAUUUUUUUGUUUCCUUGUAAUGUCAAAGGUACUAAAAAUCUUUAUUGUUUGGCUCGUCCAUUGUCAUGGAAUAUAUACGUAAUAUCGGUUUAUACCUAAACGCAUCCGAGCGAACUAUUUUAAUGGUAAUUUUUAACAUUGAAACACCUCCCCACCCCCUUGUAAGAAAACCUAAGACAUGGUCGACCACCUCCCCCCCCCCCUAAACUCGUCUUACGUAAUAAAUGAAUGGGCCCUAAGGAUUAACGAUACUGUAUCAACUAACUGUAGUUUAUUCCAUACACUUGAAAAUUUGACAUCGGAGUGACGUCACUAUUUCGCAAAUCCUCAUGACAUCUUUCGACCAAUGACGUUCCGACGAUUCAAGGUCAGAUUUGUUUACGUUUCCUCCCGCCAUUGAAAUAGAUAAUGUUAGUUAUGUUGCAUAUGUUAAAUGUUAAGUAGUUUAGUUUUAUGCAGACUCUGCAAAAGUAUUAUACUAUAUUUAAGCACUUUAUUAAUAGUAAUUUUACAUAUUGUAAACAUUUUUAUUCUUAUACUAUUUAAAGUCCAUUGUAACUCGAAUCGAACUCGUGUAGAACAAAAUGCUCAUGUCAUUGGUCGAUGAGCGCGGCUAGAGCGAAUCCGACUUUCUUGCUUUGAGUUCGUUUCAGAGUUUAAGGGACAGUGUGUUAGGUAUAAGUACACCUCUUUACAUGACGGUACAUUCCAAUACCAGAAUGGCGAGAA